CAUGGCUUCACCCGUUUCUUCCAUUUCUUCAAUUUCUUCUAUGUCUUCAUCGUCUUCGUCCGAGUGGUAUUCAUCAUCUUCGGAAGAGGAUGUUAUUAUGCACAACAUGAUUAUGAACGCGGCUCAGGUGUUCAUGGCGGCCGCUGAAGGGUCGUCCCAACCGCUAACCAGACGAGCAAAAUAUAACCGAGACCAAGAAGCCGGCCACGAUAAACUAGUAGCCGAUUAUUUUGCCGACGAACCCGUGUACCCAGCCGAGAUUUUUCGACGUCGUUUCCGCAUGAGUCGUCAACUGUUCUUACGUAUUGCAGGCGACAUGGCCUAG